AUGGCAUUGUCACGGCUUAGGCAUCCAUUGAUCUCGCGCGCACCUUCUCUUUUCAAAGCUCGAUUUCUCUCUUCCUCUCGAUCCCUCGCUCGUUCUAGCUCUAAUUUGGAUGCCGAUCGCUCUUUGUUAAGGCCUACUUCAUUAUCCAUGGUCAGUGGAGUACAUGAUGAUAGUUCCUUGAAGCUCAAGAUGAGAAUUGGAGUCCGACAUUUCUCAUCUUCAGGGUCAGAGAAUGAUAUAAGUUUGUUGGCAUUAAGGUUAUGUAUCAGUAGUUUUGCAAAUGGAUUGCGUGGCAUGGACUGUACUAGUUCCACGUGGAAUCUGGAGUACCAGGUUCAAACCCUGAACCAACUAAAUAAUAUAGAUCAUAAUGGACUUGGGUUUUGUAAUGUUCAUAACUUAGGUUUCUACUCUCAGGAGCCAUCUCAUACGGUUGUUGGAAUGCCAGCUUUGUCUCCCACAAUGACUCAGGGUAAUAUCACAAAAUGGCACAAGAAAGAAGGAGAUAAGAUAGGAGUGGGUGAUGUACUCUGUGAGAUAGAGACUGAUAAAGCUACACUUGAAUUUGAAACUCUUGAAGAGGGGUUUUUGGCAAAGAUCCUGGUUCCUGAAGGUUCAAAGGAUGUACCUGUAGGACAGGCCAUUGCCAUAACGAGCAUCAACCAUUCAAGUAGCAGGUUCUUAACACUCCUUUUAUGGCUUCACAAGGUUGAGGAUGCAGAUGACAUACAAAAUGUUCCUGCUACUGUUGGCAGUGGAUCGGAGGUUAAGGAGGAAAAAUCAACUGGCCAGGAUGUCAAAGCAUUGUCCCCAACAAUGAACCAGGGCAACAUUGCCAUAUGGAGAAAAAAGGAAGGAGACAAGAUAGAAGUGGGUGAUGUACUAUGUGAAAUAGAGACAGAUAAAGCUACUCUAGAAUUUGAAACUCUUGAAGAGGGGUAUUUGGCCAAGAUACUAGCACCAGAAGGCUCAAAGGAUGUGGCUGUUGGACAACCUAUUGCUGUAACGGUUGAAGACUCAAAUGAUAUUGAAGCUGUAAAGACUUCUGUUAGUAGUGGCAGCAGCAAGAACGAUAAAGAAGAAAAAUCAACCCAUCAUGGUUCCAAAGGUGAAGCUAGUGAAGCAAAAGCCAGUUUUAAGAAGAUCAGUCCAUCUGCAAAGUUGCUUAUUUCAGAACAUGGAUUGGAUGCACCAUCUUUACAGGCAUCGGGGCCUUAUGGUACUCUGCUGAAGAGUGAUGUUUUGGCUGCAAUUAAGUCAGGGAAAGGAAGAAAAUCUUCAACCAAGGAGAAAGGAGCUCCACCACCUCAAAAAAGUCCCCAACCUUCCGGCACUCCUUUACCAGAAUCAAAGCAGUCAGAUUCUUUUGAAGAUUUGCCUAAUACUCAAAUCCGUAAGAUGUGUCCAUCAGAUGUUAUUCUGGAUCCUCUUCUUUCUUUCAGAAAGGAGCUUAAAGAGCAACAUGACGUCAAAGUUUCAGUAAACGACAUUGUCAUCAAAGCUGUUGCAAUUGCUCUGAGGAAUGUACCACAAGCUAAUGACCAAGGUUUGCUUGCUCCAUUACAUCAAUGCAUGACAGCUCACUGGAAUGCUGAGAAAGGGGAAAUCAUUUUGUGGGACUCUGUUGACAUAUCAAUUGCAGUUGCUACUGAGAAGGGCUUAAUGACGCCAAUUGUUAAGAAUGCGGAUCAGAAAUCCAUUUCUGCAAUCUCCUCAGAGGUCAAGCAACUAGCUGAGAAAGCUCGGGCAGGGAAGCUUGCACCAAAUGAAUUUCAAGGAGGAUCUUUCAGCAUUUCCAACCUGGGAAUGUAUCCGGUGGACCAAUUUGCUGCAAUUAUAAAUCCCCCCAGGGCAAUAUGA